AUGACAAAUAAUUCGAGUAAAAGAGAAAUGUCUCCAACUUUUAAACCACCUAAAAGAUCAAAAUCUGCAAACCCUAUGUCAGAUGAAUCUUCACUAAGUAAUCCAAUAGUGAAACUCGUAGAUAUAAGAGAUACUAUACCCAAAUAUACCGAAACGUCUACACAGAAAAAACUUCACCAUAAUCUUGUAAAGCCUAAAUCAGGAAAUUCACAAACCAAGGAGUUGAAUGCUCCACCCGAAACCGUUAAUAGUAGUAAUAACCACGGCAGCGAGAUACAACAGUUUGAAAACUCACUUGCCCAGAUUAACGAUAAGCUUAACCUGUUAGCACCCCUCAUGCACUUAUGGGCCCCAAAUAAUGAUAGGAACCUAGAAGAAUUAGCCAAAGCGGAACAUAUCCUAGAUUUCGUAGCCGAGGAAGUUACGAAAAGAAUAAUGUCUUCCUGCAAUGCGAUUGCAUAUAACCUCCCCGACCGCACAUCCUUGAAUUCGCUAAAGGAUAACUGUCUAAAAGCGUGUGACAUGGCAAACGUCAGCUGUCACGUCACACGCCUCAGAAAAAAAUCGGACAAGUCAACUUGCCCUCUCCUUUUCAAAUUCGGCUGCUGCAACGACGCCAAAAAAUUUAUCCGUUUGAGCAAAAAUAUUAGCUCAUCAACUUUAUACAAAGAAGUAAAGGUUACCCCGGAUCUAACGCCUUGUCAACGUCGUGUAAAAACAAGAGAGGCGACUAGAUCACAUAACGGUGAGACAGCAAACAGUCUACAGAAAACAACCCCCAAUGUCAUGAAAGUAAAUAAACAAAUAAACCACGAUGUAGAUCUUGAUAAGCCUGUGGACUGUAAACCUUCUAACAAAGUACGGAUCCCCUCUGUCACCAAGAAAUCGAAUGACCCUUGCAGUCCUAAUCCCAGCUGUUCGAACGUUAACUUGAGUGAAUAUGUCCCAAAAAACAACACAGUUCCAGCUAAAACUAAUAAAAUUAAGAAUCCAUCCCCAAAAUAUAUUGCACGAGAGAAUAUGAUAGAAGCUGACGUGAUUUUGAAAAACACGUCCAGGGGACCGAAACAUUCUCCGUCUUUAACUAAGAAGAGUGAGCUGAUUAAAUCUUGGGUCUCAAGUAAAAAAGUAGGUAGGAUUCAAACCCGAUUGCCACCGACUUUCCCAACUACGAUGAACAGGUUCACUCCUUUAAUGUCAUGUCAUGUGCCCCUAGCCUCUCCAAGUUGUAAGACUGAUAAUAUCAAGAGCAUGUCAGACCAACAUCUGAACAUGCGCACUAAUAAUUAUUAUCCAAGAGCUAGGUGCACUGCCCAACCACCUAAUCCUAGAAUUAUUAGUGAAAGAAGAAAUGGAAGAUUUUUCACCCCUCACCCUAUCCUAAAUACCCGGGCUUUUAUUCACAAAAGCGCUGAGAAUGAAAACUCUAUGCAUCCUGCUCUACAAAACCAGCUGGUAAACAUGACCCCCAAAUUUAGAAAAGCCCAUAGCAACUGGCACUCGUAUAUGGCUAACCCUCCCCAAGUUAAAACCAUUCCGUAUAAAUUUAACCUUAGUAACGAGCUGUGUCAUCAAGACAUUACUAGAAACGGUGGUGAACUGCAAUUCCAGCCGAAUCAAAAUUUUUUCGGGAUACAGCCACUUGUGGUACCUCUUGCGCGACAUAUAGCUCAAGUCAUUUCAUACCACAUACAGAAUAUAAAAGCACGCUCCUCGCACAAUCUCAAACAGACAACAUUCUCCCCCUUUCCCCCGGGCUAA